UGUACGGAAGCGACAACAGGUUCGUAUUCAAGUCUUUGUUGUAGUUUUGAGAAAAGAACUGCAUCUUGCUUUCCUCUGCAUGUUUUAGAAACAACGAAUGUCACUCCGGUAUCAACUGCUUUCACAUCGAGCUCAACAGGAACCGGAACAGGAACAGGAACCAGUACAGGAGCAGGAACAGUAACAGUAACAGUAACAACUGAGUCGGCGGAAACUCCAGAAACAAGUGCAGGUCACACACCAGUCACUAGUAUCGAAGGAAGCACUCUCAUAGGCAGCACAGGUAGUGGUUCGACGACUGAAGCAGUGUCUGGAACAACUACGAAGACAUGUCAAGAAAUGCAAGCGGUUGAUGAAGCUGUUAGCAAGAACAUUAUUGUGACACCGAACCCAUUGCCGAUAGGUGAAAACAUCAAAUUUCAACCAACAUCUCAACAAGGUGUUUCUUUCGGCGGCAAUGAUCGCACACCAACGAUUACUGUCAACUUUGGGAAACCUGCUGAAGUUCACUCAGUCACACUUCCACGUAAUCAAACACCCAAUGGAAAUGUUCAACAGUUUGAAGUCACCUUCUAUUCACCUGAUGGAAACAAAAUCAACGACAAACCAAUCUUAAGUAAUUCAAGUCCAAACAAAGACAAGACUAAGCCAGCUGAACUCGAUUCAUCACAAAUACCAUCAAAUACACCUGUAUCACGUGUAGAUAUCACCAUUGUUAGCACUACUGAUGGUGAAUCACCGAAAGGUGUUGUUUUGGAUAUUAUAGCUUGUACGGAAGCGACAACAGGUUCGUAUUCAAGUCUUUGUUGUAGUUUUGAGAAAAGAACUGCAUCUUGCUUUCCUGUGCAUGUUUUAGGAACAACGAAUGUGACUCGGGUAU